AUGGCUGUGCUGGUUGCUCUUACUAAGUUUGGAGUGGUUGGUCACGAUUUUGGGCUCUAUUUUACGAUCGUUGCAACUAUUUUUACUGGCAUAGGAUGUGGAGUUCAGGAGGCAAGUUACUACGGUUACUCCGGAAUGUUACCGAGCAAGUAUACCCGAGCAGUGAUGUUGGGUGAAGCCUUCUCGGGUCUUUUAGUGUCCAUAAACAGGAUUAUCACCAAGCUUACCAUUGAAAACAACCUUACUAAUACUAUCAUCUUCUUUUCUUUAUCGAUCAUAGGUGAAGUGGCCUGCAUAUUCCUACACCGAUACAUCAAGGAAAGCACCUUUGUUCGUUUUUACGAAGCCCAGGAACAAGCAGUUAACUUGCAGUCAGUCACAGCCACCUCCUUCACACCACUCAUCGUGAAAGAUGACCAAUCCGCUUGGUCUUCAUUCAAAGAGGGAAUGAGGCUGAGGAUGACAGUGAGCAGGAAGAUCUGGAAGCUAAUGAUAGGAAUACUGAACGUCUACCUGGUCACUAAUCUCCUGUACCCGGGUGUAGCUAGUAUUAUCAAGACUUCCUGGCCUAACGGAUGGUUAUCUGUCGCACUUGUCUUCGCUUUCAAUGCCUGGGACUUCGGGGGCACGAUAGCAACAGGUUUAUCCUACAAGAUGCCGGACAAUAUCCUCCUCCUUACAGGAGCUCUGAGAUGGCUCCUGGUUCCUGUCCUGCUCAUGUGUGUCCUCCCUUCAAACCCCAUAAUCCCCGGGGAGGGGGUCCCCAUAAUAGUCAUGUCCGUUCUGGGGUUUACUACGGGUUACAUGGGAUCCACUCCCAUGUGUGCGGCUAGCAGCCAGGUGGACCUUGAGGAGCGGGAAAUGGCAGGGAAUCUGAUGACAAUGUGCAUGUUAUUGGGACUGACUCUUGGCUCCACAUCUGCCAUGGUGCUGAACACAAUUCUUGGAAUCGAUAAUGUGUAACUGACUGAUCAAG